AUGCAGCAACAACAAAAACCACAGCAAUUACAGCAAUCACCCAAGUAUUGCAAGGAAGACAAAAGCGGCGAAGUAAAGGAUAGAAAGCUGGGUGAGAUUCUGGACGCCAAAUGCAGUCCGCUGGCUCUGCUUGCACAGACGUGCAGCGCAAUCGGUGCGGACACUACCAAUCCGAAACUGCUUGCCGCCAAUAUUGAGAAAUCUACAAAAUCAUCGCUGAAGUCCGGGGGUUUGGACGGACGCGACAAAUCUUCGCCGGUUAGCAGUCAAUCAUCGUCCGUUUCAACCGGCUCCGUCGAGCACAUCAAAUCAAGCUUUAAGCCGUAUGAGUCAAAUAAUAAUUUAACCAACAACAACCAUAUACGUGACAGACUUGAAGCGGAAGCGGAACGUGCCACAAAUCUAAGUACAGGCACGCCUGUGAACAGUUUAAAUCUCAUCGGCAAUAGCGGCCGAGUGCGAACACCAAAGAGCAAUGGCAGCAGCGUUAUGCUGUUGAAUGGCCAACAGCAGGCAGCACAGCUGCAACAACAACGUUGUGAUUCAAACCAAAGUGCCACCUCACAGCGCGACUCGCCAGCGAUCGGCAUGAACGGUUUGCAUAAGGGUUCACCCAUUGGCACCGCUGGCGCUGUGAUGGAUCUGCAACAACGUAUGAGCAAUAGUAGUAGUCCGCAACAACGCGUCUCCUCCAAGGAAUCGGCGGCGUUGAGUCACACAACUAACAGUGCACAAAUUAGUCCAAGUGCUGCGGCUGCAGCAGCGGCGGCAGCUGCUAGCCAUUCACGACUGCAAUCUGCCACUGACUCGGCUAUCGCUGCCGCCAAAGAGGCCAGUUACGUGAAGGCUUUACAUGCUGCAGCUGCAGCCGCUGGAGUGCCGACGACGAGCGCGGGUUCGCUACAAGGCAGCUCUUCUUACUAUGCAGGCUAUCCGGGCGGCAAUCCUUCGAGUGGACUGCCAUAUCCGAUGGACGUGAUGACAGCGAGCGCUCUAAUGUCACAGCACCAUCCAAUGUUUAAGGCCGCCGCCUUGCAUCCAUAUUUGAAUUAUGCGCGUCUGAAGGGGAUCGAUCCGGCCACAAUGAUAACGCCGAAUAUAUGUCGUGAUCCCUACUGCACUGGUUGUCCAUCCUCGCCCCAUUUUCUUAACAAAGCCGCCGGCCAAUCGUGUCCUGUAGGUUGUCCACAGUGUGAGGGAAGCGCCGCUAAAUCAUCAUCGAUGGGAGCAGGCGGUUCUUCGGCAGCAGCCGCUGUUGCAGCAGCGGCCGCUUCAUCAUAUCACGCGCAAUUGGCCGCGCUGGCCGCUGCCUCGCAAAUGCCGUACGUCUGUUCAUGGAUUAGUGCAGAUGCCGCGUAUUGUGGCAAGCGUUUCGGCACCUCCGAUGAGCUGUUUCAACAUUUGCGUACGCACACCGCAUCGUUGCCUGAUUCUGUGCUGAGCGCCGCAGCCGCAGGCGGUAUCCCACCCACACAUCCGCUCUUUCAGCGUACCUACCCCACACCACCGUUGAGUCCAUUGUCCGCCGCACGCUAUCAUCCUUACGGCAAACCGUCCAUGCUACCGCCACCACUCGGCUCUGCGGCUAGCACACUAAGUGGUUUGCCUAUGCCACCACAUCCGGCGCUGGCGCAAUACUUUGCGCCCUACUCCCUUUACGGACCGCCGCGCAUGGGCUCGUCACACCCAUAGUAGGACGCAGUGGACGCAAAAGCGCGUGAUGCCUACAGAGCACACCUGAAGUAAGUGGGCUCAUUGGUUGAAUAAUGGAUUUUUAAUAUCUACAGUCAAUUUUGGCAUUGAAUGUCCUUCAUCUUACACUCUCUUAAUCGUGGAGAAAAUAUUGCAAAUGUUAGAGGCGCGAGUUGUGAGGUGGCGUAAAGUGCUAGUGAUGUAACAUAUUGUGCGUAUGUGUUGUAUGUAUGUAUGUGCGCAUUUGCACACAUAUGCACAAAGCAUGAAAAAUACUUGUACUGUAUGUAAUUAUAAUUAUUAAAAUAAUGAAAAAUAAUUAUUGUAAUUGUAUAGAGCGUUUGUGCCCUGUUGCUCAAUGCUACUCUAAAUAACUGAAGAAUUAUUUAUUUUAUUAACUCAAUAAUUAAAAUGUUUAUCAAAGAAAAAACUAAAUAAACUAUAAAAUGUAUGUAUGAAUAAUCCAAAUGUCAAAAUUUAAGCCGAAACAGCGUUGUUGUAUAUUUUAAAGUGUAAUCUACGAAUGGCGUCUAUGUUGUAAUAAAAUUACAAAUAAAUGUACUUUAAGGUUCAGUUAAGUCAUCAGCAAAGAAAUAAUAAAACCACAGCAAAUAU